CUGGAGACUCCAGUCUGCGCGUGCAAAUGACGCGCUUCUAAGCUUCCUAUCCUCUGCAUGGCGGCCGGAGAUGGCUCGUCUGAGCCGGGCGACAAUGACAAGCUUCCAGGAAUCACCAGCCACCCUCCGAAGCCAACAAAGGCCGAGUCGACAGCAGAUGAAUCCGAGGAAGAUGAGGAUGAAGAGGAGGAAGAGCCACGACUCAAAUAUGCUACGUUGACAAGGAACGUGAGCUCGAUAUACCGCAAUGGAGAUGCGACUAGUGCCUUUCACGUCGCUGGAGAUAAAAUGAUCGUUGGGACUCACAAUGGCAACAUCCACGUUUUCGCUUUGCCGUCGUUCAACUCCCUGCGCGUCUACCAUGCUCACACAGCCAGCAUAUCGGCGAUCUCGAUAUCUCCUUACACUCCCCCGCUUGCAGGUCUUCGCUUUGACACAGGAAGCAAACUGGCGGCUGAAGCGGCUUCCAAUGCAGACAGGUCACCCUCAAGCUCGCCAGCGCCUAAAGGGAAGCAACUGCAAACUCCCGUACCAGAUAUACCUCCAAAUCGGAUAUACAUCGCCACGUCUUCCAUCGACGGCAAUGUCUGUAUUGCUUCAUUAGUCGAUCCUCGUGAUGUUCAGCUUCGCAACUUCGGAAGACCUGUCCAGACUGUUGCUCUGUCGCCGGAAUACAAGUCGGACAGAACCUACUUAUCUGGCGGGCAGGCUGGUAUUCUGGUUUUGACAACUGGUGGACAAGCAGGCAAGAGCGCCAACGCGACUACGACAGGGGCCGCCGCAGCCGCCUCCGGCUGGCUUGGGUCAAUUGGUCUUGGUGCAAACACUGGGUCAGACAAAAUUCUGCACAGUGGUGAGGGUAUUAUCAGCACCAUUAAAUGGUCACUCUCGGGAAGAUAUGUCCUUUGGGUAAAUGAACAAGGAAUCAAGAUCAUGAGAUCGAAUUUGAAGCUCGAGAGUUCAGAGUCUGGUCUGGAGUGGAAACGAAUGAGCCAUAUCGACAGACCCAAUCGUCCUGGAUGGGAAGAUAUGGCAGGUGUUUGGAAAGCUCGUGCCGAGUGGAUCGACCGCGACAACCUCGAAACCGACGACGACUCUCCUGUUAGUACCAUCAUCCCUGCUCCAGCGAACGGUGCAUCUCCCAAGCCAGACCCGAGGAAAGCAAAAGUUGAAGAAGUCUUGGUAGGGUGGGGAGAUUCAGCAUGGAUCAUCAAGGUCUACCCAGGUUCUAUGGAAAAUGGAGGUAAUAAUAAAAUUGGACGCGCUGAAGUCGCUACGAUUAUACGAUUUGAUGACUGUACAAUAUCUGGAAUUUCGUUAUAUACCCCAAGUCUGCUUUUGGUGCUUGCAUUCAUGGAAAAGAAGAAAGGCAACGGUUCAGCGUCGCAAGACAGCGAAGGCAGCAGGAGAGGCCGACGAGCACGACAUAAUGCAUUAGAACCAGAGUUGCGUCUAGUCAACAUCGAAACGAAGGAAGAAGUCGACACCGAUACUCUCACUAUGAGUAGAUUCGAGACUCUUUCAGCCUCAGACUAUCACUUGGGGGUUUUGCCACCGAUUCGCAUCCCAGCUGCACUUAUUCAAAAGGGGUACCUCAGCACCAUUGGAUCUGGUAUGAGCACGGUUGGUUCGAGUCUCGCCACAGGCGUCGAGACCGUUGGUCAGGGGAUGUGGGACGCCACUAUGUACGGGCCACGUCUCUUGGGCGCAAAUCGUAUUUUCAGCUCAAGCGACAGCAUUCGAAGCGGUGUCAGCGGCCCUGACCGGACAGGCAGUACCAGAGAACGCAAUUAUCUCACAGGCUGGAUCCCGGGGUUUGGGUCCAGCGAAACAAGUGCCAAAGAAGAGAUAAAUACCAUGGCCACGGCACAAAGCAUGAAGAUCUUUAUCUACAGCCCCUAUGACUGCAUUGUCGCAGUCAGACGCAAUCUCAAUGACCGCAUGCAGUGGCUUGUGAGCCUCAAGAGAUAUAAAGAAGCCUGGGAAUUGGUUGAUCAGCAUCCCGAAGCCGCCGGCACCCUUUUGGAGUCUUCGGGAACUUCAACACCCCCAAGCCCAUCCAAAGCAAGUUCCGUCACAAGAUCAGGCACGGCAGUUCCUCUCAGCCCCACGCAGGCUCGUCAGCAGAAUACACUGACCGAGUUUUUCUCGGAUUCUGUCUCCAUUACGAGCUCCGCGCAGGCCAAACCCAAGAACAAAUUCUCUGCUGCGGAAAAGGAGAAGCGCAGAAUAGGCGAGUUAUGGCUGAAGCAAUUGGUUGACGCCAAUAACUGGUCAGAAGCUGGCGAAGUCGCAGCCAAAGUGCUGAACACAACGAGCCGAUGGGAGCACUGGGUCUGGAUAUUCGUUAAAAACGCGAAGUUUGACGAGAUAUCGCCUCACAUACCGACGUUGGACCUGACACCCCCCUUACCAUCUUCCAUCUUUGAAAUCAUCCUCGGUCAUUACGCGGAGGUCGACAGGAUUCGGUUUAAGGAGCUCCUUGAUGAAUGGCCUUCCGAUCUUUUUGAGAUCAGCAGCAUUACAGCAGCGAUCGAAGAUCAGUUGCGCUCCGGUAGUGCUCCAAAAGGGUCGCAGGAUUGGAGGUCAUUGCAGGAAAGUCUGGGGAAACUGUUCCUUGCAGACGGGCAUUAUGACGAAGCUCUGAAAUGCUACAUCGCCCUGCAAGACGCAGACACGGCCAUGUCACUGAUCAAGGAACAUCAUCUCGUUGACGCCGUUGCUGACGACAUUCCCAGCUUCGUGAUGCUUCGAGUUUCGCCGGAUCAAGUGAAGAGCGCAUCUCGCGAGGAACUGGACGAACUCGCAGCUGACCCAAUCAAGGUCCUCGUGGACGAAGCUACUGCUGGAGUGGUUGAGCCCGACGAAGUUGUCGCGCAACUUGAUAAGCCGACACUGAAACCUUUCCUCUAUUUCUAUCUUCGUGCUUUGUGGCGUGGCGAGGGGACCCAGGAAACGCCCACGCUGCCUCGUGUUGGGCAUUCGGCCAUCACCACGUCGCUUGCAGCUGACACGGGGAAACAACACGUCGAACACUUCGCAGACAUCGCUGUCGAGUUGUUUGCAGAGUACGAUCGAGAUCUCCUUAUGGAAUUUCUGCAAGCGUCAACAGCUUACACUUUUGAAAACGCAGUGAAGAUAUGCGAAAAGAAACAUUAUGUCGAGGAACUCGUCUACCUCUUGAGCAAAACAGGCCAGACCAAAAAGGCCCUUUUUUUGAUCAUCGACGAAUUGAAAGAUGUCUCCAAGGCUAUCGCGUUUGCCAAGGAGCAAGACGACCAGAGUCUCUGGGACGAUUUCCUCGAAUACAGUAUGUCAAGACCACGAUUCAUCUCUGGUCUGCUUGCAGAGGUUGGAACUGCCAUUGACCCUAUUACCUUGGUGAAAAGAAUACCCUCGGGGCUAGAAGUGGAAGGUCUGAAGGAUGGACUGAAGAAGAUGAUUCGAGAGUAUGAUUUACAAGACAGCAUUAGCGCUGGCGUUGCGAGAGUGCUCAGCAGCGAGGUCGCCGUUGGAAUGGAGACGCUGAGGAGAGGCCGAAGGAAAGGCAUCAAAUUCGAUGUCGUCGCACCAAUAACGAAACACCAGCGGCCACUGGCCCAGGACGCUGCUGCGCCCAAGGAUCAACGGCCAGAGGAGGAAAAACCCGAAGUCGAAGCGGAGAUCAAGCCAGGCCAUUGCGCGUCCUGUCACAAGCCAUUUCAUGAAAAUGAGACCGAAACUCUGGUCGGCUUUGCUUGUGGGCACGUCUAUCACGUCUCACAUCUGCUCCAUGGUCCCGAUGCAGAGGGGGACGAGCUUUUACUACCCCAGAAUGCAGUCAUUCGUCCGGAUGAUGGUGAAGCUGAAGAAACCAGGUUUUCCAGAUCGGUGGGACCCAAGGUCACAAAUGCGCGUUUACUGAAAGAUAAAAUACAGACUGUCGGGGGAUGUACUAUAUGCAAGGGGUCGAGGGAAAGAGUGGAGGCUGUGGGUGGCUGAUAAAGGGCUCAUAUUUCACCUUCAGCCACUCGCUCACUCUUCUUAUGCCUCUUGUCAACCAGCGUGGCGAGCUGAAGCAAGAGCCUGCCUUGAGGUGGACUCUCGAAGAUACACAGCACAGCACAACCACCGGAGAAGCAGGAACUGCGACAAGGAGGCCCAGUUUAUCGGCAUCGACUCGAGAUUUCCCCUCCCAAAGCUUUGACCUUUCUUCCACAACUGGUGACUCGAUACCGUACCGUUUAGAGGCCAAUGCGACCCGAAUCCCGCGCGCCUGGAUAUCGCGAGAUCGAUCUUGAAGCAUCCUCGUAUCCCACCACGUGCCCUAAGCGCUUAUUCUCACCCCACUUCUCCCCGUCUCGUAUUUUCCUUGACCAAAGCGGGCAGAAGAUCUUCUUGCAUGGGCGUCUGCGGCCGGACAGCGAGGCAUACGGCCGAGGUGAUACCCCGUUUCCCAUCGCCUAUGCCUUCUCCGGCAUGCUGUCAGCCUUUCGAGGCAGGUGGACCGUUCGGUUUCGAUUUCUACUUCCCCCGACCUUUCGCUCCACGACUCCUCCGUGCUUACUCGACCUUGGAUCGUUCAAGAUACUUAAAGGGCAAGGACCCCGUCGUAUCGGCGACCUUCUGAAGCCCGAUGCUUCUUUGAUUCGAGAUGGAUAGAAAUUGCGUGCUCUGAGUGAAGCCCGAAGGCUACAAAGCAGCAAGAUUCUUGGAUUUCUCCGGCCAUGUGGAGUGUCUCGGUCGUGAUGGAGGAUGCAAGGAUGCAAGGCUUUCGUGCGUAGCGGGAAUUCAGGAGCCUCUCGCCAUCGCGUCGAACCGAACAUACCACCCGGCGCCGGGGUGAGGACGGGAUUCACUGGAGUGAGCGCCUAGGCUGGAAAGAGAGGAGCGGUUGUUGUGAUUGAAGGCGGUAUCAACCACUACUCACGCUGUGUCGAAACUUCGCCUCUACUUUCUUCCCCUUUCUUCCAGCAUUUUACACCCAAUUAGUUUCAGCGAAGGCAGCUUUUCUAGCACUUCCAUCAAACCGGUGAUGGCGUUCCUUUUAAAUGCCUGUCGUUGACGCCACCGCUGAAGAAGCUGAAGCAAUCAGGACGGGUCUUCAUGAUGCGAAUCCGUUACUGGUGAUCUGGCUAUGGGGGGAUAUGAGCACCUGAUCGGUCUGUCGUGUUGGUGAUCGGUCCGAAGUGAAACGCAUGAUGAAACCGAUCUUCGUUCUCGCAGCGGUCUUGUAUGAGCCAGCCCUUCGAGUUGCCGAGAGGAAUACAUCCUCAGCCAACCCUCUGAGCAUGCGCGUGUUGUCCCCACUGGUUCUCAUCUAUCAAGAUACACAGGAAUGUGACGGUCCAGCCUACCGGUGGAGAAACGUGACAACAGGCCCCCUCCCCUUCGAUUAAGCCGGCCUCUUGCAAAAUAACUCAGGCCCCGAAUUGAUGAGAUGUGCAAUGGACGACAUUGUGGCCCGGAACGAGAGCGAAGGAAGGGCUUGGGUCUGGUCCACCCCGGCGAGAGCAGCAGAUCACAAAACUCUGGAUCGUAUUGGAAGGGGCAAGAUCUAGGGUCGCCAGGACCGGGGAGACUGCAAGAUGCCGAUUCACAAGAUACAUUCACGAUGGCGUGACUUUGCUGCGGUGCAGCGCGGGGGGGCAUCGG